CAGCCGCUCGCCGCGCCCGUGUCCCGUGUUCAAACCUUAACCCCCCUUCUCUCUCCCCCUUCCUUUACUCUCGCCCAUCGUUUCCUUACCCUCCUCUCUCUCCUUAGACUCUUCGUACCACCUCUCUUCUCCGCCACAAAUCUCGUCCGAUGCCUCUCUCCCCUCCCCUCCCCUCCCACAUCAAAGUUGUCUUCCCUCUCCCUGAACUUCCCCUCCCCAGCUUCGCAGAACAAAGCCUAUCUAAAAUUUAGCCGCAGUUUCUUUUGGUCUUCGUUUUUGAUUACAAGCAGGGGAAGAAGAACAAGAAGAAGAAGGAAGGAGAAGAUGAGAAGGGCCCCGCCGGGGAUGAGACUGGCCCGAAGCCUGGGGGCCAAGGAGUGGAGCCGCAACUCCCACCGCUGCCUCGUCCUCGUCCUCACCUUCGUCGCCUACGCCUCCUACCACGCCUCCCGCAAGCCCACCAGCAUCGUCAAAUCCGUCCUCGACCCCGACACCCACCCUCCCCCCGAUUACCCCCAACCAUCGCUCUCCUCCCCACCUCUUCCUUGGCCCCUCGGCCCCCUCUUCCUCCCUCCCAACCCUCUCGGGAGGCCCCACUCCCACGGGUGGGCCCCGUUCAACGGCACCGACGGCACCGCCAAGCUCGGCGAGAUCGACGUCGCCUUCCUCGCCUGCUACUCCCUCGGGAUGUACGCCGCCGGCCACCUCGGCGACCGCCUCGACCUCCGCCUCUUCCUCGCCUCCGGCAUGAUCGGCAGCGGCGCCUUCGUCGGCUUGUUCGGCAUGGGCUACUUCUGGCACCUCCACGUCUUCGGCUUCUACCUCGCCAUGCAGAUGCUCGCCGGCCUGCUCCAGGCCACAGGCUGGCCCUCAGUCGUCGCUGUCGUCGGUAACUGGUUCGGUGAGCGGAAGAGAGGACUUAUAAUGGGAAUUUGGAACGCCCACACCUCGGUCGGGAACAUAGGGGGUUCGCUUCUCGCUGCCAGUGUGUUGCAGUAUGGGUGGGGGUGGUCCUUCAUUCUUCCGGGAGCUUUGAUUGCUCUGGCUGGCGUUCUGGUGUUCCUCUUCUUGGCUGCUUAUCCAGAAGAUCUCGGGUUUUACAGUCCUCGCAAGAAGGCCGAAGAGGGGCGAGAUGAGGAGGAGGGUCGGGUAAGCGAGGGAGGAAGCGGGGAGAGAGGGAGCGCCGUGGGGUUUGUAAAGGCUUGCUUGAUCCCUGGGGUGAUACCAUUCGCACUCUGCCUCUUCUUCGCGAAGCUCGUGGCCUAUACCUUCUUAUACUGGCUGCCAUUUUACCUCAGCCAGACUGCGAUAGGGGGAGAGUACAUGUCAGUUAAGUCUGCAGGAAAUCUUUCAACUCUUUUUGAUGUUGGGGGAAUAAUUGGUGGGAUCCUUGCUGGCUUCAUAUCUGAUCAACUCAAAGCUCGGGCCACUACAGCAGCCAGCUUCAUGUAUUUGGCAAUUCCUUCCCUUUAUGCCUACCACAGAUAUGGGAGCAUUUCAAAGUUUGUGAACAUUACACUGAUGAUGAUUACUGGGUUAUUUGUUAAUGGGCCUUAUGCUCUCAUAACAACCGCUGUUUCUGCGGACCUUGGAACUCACAGUUCACUUAAGGGAGAUUCUCGAGCAUUGGCGACUGUUACUUCCAUCAUAGAUGGGACAGGAUCAGUUGGUGCAGCUCUAGGGCCACUUCUAACUGGGUUUCUAUCAAGUACUGGAUGGGGUUCUGUUUUCAAGAUGCUCAUGAUCGGGGCAUUCGUUGCUGGUGCCCUUUUAUCCAUUCUAGUUAAGGCAGAACUUGCGCGAUUGGUCCAGCAUUGGAAAAAUGCCAGAUCUGAUCAUUCAAGACAGCAUGGAACUGAAGGUUCUGUUGUCACACCACUUCUAGCAGCGGGCAGUCGACAACAUUGAUAUUCUUCCACACUAAUCGAUCAGAUAUAGAGUUGCAAAUGUCUAGAUAGUAGUUCAAAUUGAGAGAAAACCAGAUGUUACAGAAAGCAAACAAAAGAAAAAGGUAUGGGAAUCCAAGGAGUAUGAUUGUCUUCAGUUCCAGGGAAUGCAAAUCUAUUAAUAUCACUGCAUUGCAAUCUUUUUUUGGCUAGGAAAAAAAAGGUCUUUUUUGUUUUAUUUUUCCCUUAGGGAAAAACCAAGCUUUUGUGGGCCACAGUCAUGCUGUAUCAUAUAUAUAUAUAUAUAUGACAUGCUAAAAUUUAUUGUUA